AUGUUCCCCGCGUAUGCUAGCUCUAAUGCUACGGCCCCUCCUCCGCAGACCUGCUCACGUGGCCCCUCCUCCGCAGACCUGCUCACGCGGCCCCUCCUCCGCAGACCUGCUCACGCGGCCCCUCCUCCGCAGACCUGCUCACGUGGCCCCUCGUCUGCAGACCUGCUCACGCGGCUCCUCCUCUGCAGACCUGCUCACGUGGCCCCUCCUCUGCAGACCUGCUCACGCGGCCCCUCCUCCGCAGACCUGCUCACGUGGCCCCUCCUCCGCAGACUUGCUCACGCGGCCCCUCCUCCGCAGACCUGCUCACGCGGCCCCUCCUCUGCAGACCUGCUCACGUGGCCCCUCCUCUGCAGAACUGCUCACGUGGCCCCUCCUCUGCAGACCUGCUCACGCGGCCCCUCCUCCGCAGCCCUGCUCACGUCGCCCCUCCUCUGCAGACCUGCUCACGUCGCCCCUCCUCUGCAGACCUGCUCACGCGGCCCCUCCUCUGCAGACCUGCUCACGCGGCCCCUCCUCCGCAGACCUGCUCACGUGGCCCCUCCUCUGCAGACCUGCUCACGCGGCCCCUCCUCCGCAGACCUGCUCACGCGGCCCCUCCUCCGCAGACCUGCUCACGCGGCCCCUCCUCCGCAGACCUGCUCACGUGGCCCCUCCUCCGCAGACCUGCUCACGCGGCCCCUCCUCUGCAGACCUGCUCACGUGGCCCCUCCUCUGCAGACCUGCUCACGCGGCCCCUCCUCUGCAGACCUGCUUACGUGGCCCCUCCUCUGCAGACCUGCUCACGCGGCCCCUCCUCCGCAGACCUGCUCACGUGGCCCUUGUCUUGCUCAGAAUAAUUGCGCACCUGUGCUGUUUGCAGAUGAGUUUCAGCUCCGGGAAAUCAACAAGUGCAGAAAAAAAACAAGGGGAAAAAAAGGCCCCGAGCGGCUGAUGAGGCGAGAGGUGCCUCUCUGCUGA